UCCAGCCCCGGCAGCUGCGGGGGCACAAGCACAGAUCUCACUGGGCAGCCGGGAAAGUGCUUGCUCAAAGCAAAUAAUCUUGCAGGAGGAUGUGAAACCUGACUGGGGGCCAGCGAGGCUCUGUGUCCCAAAGGGCCCUUUCCUAACCGUGUGACUUUCUCUGGGAGGGUGUCCCGGAGAGUCACGCACGCCAGGCUGUGGUAGCCAGCAGUGGCAACAGAGAGCUCAGCAGCACAGGAGAGACGACCAAAAUGGGGAAGAGGUUCUGGGGGCACCUCCAUCUGUCCCUCAUCCUCCUGCUCCUGAAUCUGGUAUCUGCUAUAACCGGAGAUCCUCCUCACAGCUGCUAUGGGACUCCAGGCCUGCCAGGCAUGCCGGGUAUGCCGGGCAUGCCGGGCAAGGACGGCAGGGAUGGACUGAAGGGAUCUAAAGGCGAGCCAGGGAUCCCGGCCACUCCUGCAACACAAGGACCCAAGGGCAUGAAAGGAGAACCAGGCAUUCCUGGCCCGCCAGGCAAGACUGGCCGAGUUGGCCUCCCUGGUUCCCCUGGAAUCCCUGGGAUUAUGGGUUUGGAUGGAGAGCCAGGGAUGCCAGGCAUCUACAAGCAGACGCACCAGUCAGCAUUUUCAGUGACAAGGCAGACCAGCGAGCACCCCAUGAAGGACACCCCCGUGGUGUUCAACCACGUCAUCACUAACACCAACCAUGAUUACAACACCACCACAGGCAAGUUCACCUGCCAGCUUCCCGGCCUCUACUACUUUGUCUUCCACUCCUCACAGACGGCCAACCUCUGUGUCAUCCUCUACAAGAACGAGAGAAAGAUGGCUAGCUUCUGCGACCACAAAACCAACACCAUGCAGGUCAGCUCGGGUGGGAUCCUCCUUCACCUGAGCACUGGGGACGAGGUCUGGCUGGCAGUGAAUGACUACAAUGGUAUGGUGGGCAUCGGCAACUCCGACAGCAUCUUCUCAGGAUUCCUGCUCUUUCCAGACUAGAGGAGCACCACAACCCAGCCCAUUCCAACCUCUUCUCCCGUCCAUGCAAAUGCUGCUGCUCACUGCCAGGCUGUCACUGAUGCCCCAGGUUUCUCUGCUGGGUAGGAAGCCCCAGCCAGGGGUUGGCACCCACCAUCAGACACAACCCCUUGGCCUGGGUCACAGCUUGGUCCCUGGCCUGGGGACUGAGUGCAGACAGAUGCUCAGUGGGGGAAACAGGCACAUCUGGAUGCAUUUGCACCAGGAGUGAUAGUGCCAA